AAGCCAAACACAAUAAUAGAAUUGUACAAGCUAGCUAGUAUAAGAAGAAGACACAAAAAGAGAAGAUAAUGAGGAGGAAUAGCUAAUUAUGUAUAUCUACAGCGCUACCUAGCUUUCAAUUCCCAUAAACCACUUAAAUAUAUAUAUAUAAACCAAUUAAUAUAUAAUAACCAUUAUAUAACAUAUCAUUGAGACAAAUAAUUUACUUCUACUACUACUACUACUCUCUCUCUCUCUCUCUCGCUCUCUCCCUCAAAAUAACCCUUUCUUUUUCUUCUUCUUCUUGUGGCGGUUGUUGGUGGUGUUCAUGGAAGUUAUUAGUGGCCGGAACAUGACUAAUAUGCUCGGCGGCGACCGAGAUUUGAACUUCAAAGAGACUGAGCUGUGUCUAGGGUUGCCUGGCGGGUGUGUCACCGAGCCGGAAACUACUCCUAGGGCUCCCGGGAAGAGAGGCUUUUCAGAGACUGUUGAUCUCAAACUUAACUAUCUUAAUAACCAAGAUCUCACUACUGAGAACCUUAAAAAGAGUUGUACUGCUACUACCACAACUACUACUCCUACAACUACAACAACAACUACUACUACUAUUACUACUACUUCUCCAAACAAGGACAAAAUUCUCUCCAAAGAUCCAACUAAACCACCAGCUAAGGCACAAGUUGUGGGUUGGCCACCAGUGAGAUCCUUCAGGAAGAACAUAAUGGCUCAGAAGAACACCGUUGACCAGGAGAGCAGUGAUCAUCAGAAGAUUACAAGCAUCAGCGGAGGAGCAGCCGGAGCCAACGGCGGCGCCUCCACUAAUAACAGUGGAGGAGCAUUUGUUAAGGUGUGCAUGGACGGUGCACCUUACCUUCGAAAGGUGGAUUUGAAGAUGUAUGAGAGCUACCAAGAGCUGUCUGAUGCCUUGGCCAAGAUGUUCAGUUCCUUCACUAUGGGUAACUAUGGGGCUGAAGGAAUGAUAGACUUCAUGAAUGAGAGAAAGUUGAUGGAUCUACUGAAUAGUUCUGAAUAUGUACCAACCUAUGAAGACAAGGAUGGAGAUUGGAUGCUCGUUGGUGAUGUACCAUGGGAGAUGUUUGUUGAUUCAUGCAAGCGCUUGCGAAUAAUGAAAGGAUCAGAAGCAAUUGGACUUGCUCCAAGAGCAAUGGAGAAAUGCAAAAGCAGAAGCUGAAGUUGAUGAUGGUGAUGGUGAUGGUGAUGGUGAUUAUGAUGGUGAUGAUCAAAGUGAUUAUAUAUGUAUCCAGACAAGUACUCUUUUUUAAUGUCGUAAAGAAGUUGAGCAAGGACAAAUAUUGGAGCAGGGUGUUGUGUGGGAUGUCUGUACUAUUUGAUCGUAUAUAGAUUUUAAAGAUCUUUCAUAUAUUUAUAUAUAUUUGUAAUAUUGGACAUGAAGCAAUAAACUUCAGCUAUUGUCUGGCUUGUUUAUUACCAAUACCUUAAGCUGAAUAAUCUCCCUUAUUUUCUUUUCUUUUGUCUUGUUUUUUUCUUGAUGUCCUACCCUUGCUCUCUGUCAUAGCUGAUGUGUGUGUUUUGUUCCUUUAUAUACAUUUAUAAAAUGCUACUCUUUUUAAUUUUUUUCA